UUUCUCCCUGGAAUUAAGAUAAGAGCAUCACAUAUAAGCCACGGACUUACCUCAUGAAUGACGCAUAGACUGCAAGACUCAUUCAAUUAUACCCCAUUUUUGGAGAUCCUAUUCCACAAGACCGAAAUGAAUGGAACCAUAGACGUAUGUGAAGAGGAUGAGAGAAGGUUCUCUAAGCCCGGGAUCAACAUAGACAUUGGACCCGACUCGAGGUCCGAACUUGAAGUGGGCAAAGUUGAAGAUAUAACUUCAAGUUCCCAACUCGAUCAGGCCGAGAUAUUCCUCCGAGAAAAUGGAUACAAUUGGGCCACCGCUGAUGCUCUCUUACGCGAUGGACAAACGGUAAAAAAGCUGAUUCGGAAAGUCGAUAUGGUGAUUCUUCCCCUGCUAUGUGGUACAUAUUGUUUACAGUAUAUCGAUAAACAAGCAUUGUCUUAUGGUGCCGUGUUUGACCUUUUCAAGGCAGCGAAUGUGACUUCUGAUCAGUACUCCUGGCUUGGAAGCCUUUUUUACUUCGGUGAGGAGAAUUCACUGUCUCUCUCAGCUUGAGCUAAUUGUGUGGAUCAGGUUAUUUAUUUUGGGAGUAUCCUGCAGCUUAUAUUGCGCAGCGAUUUAAAACAGGGAGAUUUAUCUCGCUAACUGUGUAAGGCCUAGGUAGUCUCCUGAAGACAUGGACUAGUGGCUAACUCAAGAAAAGAAUUGCCUGGGGGUCGGUUUUAAUGUUCACGGCACUAACAUCAAACUUCGCUGGAUUGGCAAUCUGCAGAUUUAUUCUCGGAUGUCUUGAGGGUAAGUUUACCACGCCUCCACUACCCCUACUUCCUAGAAGAAGUGCUCAGGUUUUCAAUAGCUCCAAUUACGCCCUGCUUUAUGCUUAUCGUAGGCUCGUGGUACGAUCGACAGCAACAGCCGUUCAGGGCAAGCUGCUUUUACUGCUGUAAUGGGCUUGGCUCUAUUCUCGGAAGCUUGUUCAGCUAUGGAAUUGGCCACCUUUCAACUGGACUUGCGAUCUAUAAAGCAAUCUUCUUGAUUUGUGGAGGACUUACAGUUGCUUGGGGACUCCUUCUCCUUUGGCUACUCCCUAACGAUGUCAUGUCUGCUAAGAGAUUUUCUCUGCAAGAAAAAGUGACUAUACUUGCAAUUGGCAGGAAAAACCAAACUGUAAGUCUAUUAUUAAAUCGGCAUAUUCUCUCUUCUGGAUACUAAAAGACCAAGGGCAUUUACAAUAGAACCAUCAAGUUGUAUCAGAUAAAAGAGGCAUUUAUGGAUUCGCAAGUUUGGAUAUGCUUCAUUUUUACUCUGCUCAAUGAACUUAUAAAUGGUGGAGUAGCAAACGUUCGUCCCAUUACUCCAAUACACUCGGUUUUAUUAAUGAAGACUCACACAUUGAAUCUAGUUCGGAAAGCUCAUCAUUAAGGGCCUCGUUACAGACCCCUUGAAAACCACUCUAUUAGGACUUCCUCAAGGAGCGUUUCAAGUAUUCUUCGUCUUUUCCGGUGGUUUCAUUGCGUCAAGAUUCAAGAACGCCAGGUGUUACACAAUGAUGUUGUACCUUCUACCUACUAUGUGUGGAUCAUCACUUCUAUGGAAAUUGCCCAGAUCCAAUACUAUUGGCCUCCUUUUUGGGUAUUAUAUUGUAAGAAUCUCAAACGUUCUAGAGUAUCCACAGGAUAUUAACCUGAGACCAGGUUGGUGCAUAUGUAGCGUCUCUCGUCAUUUCCCUCCAAAUGCCAGUUUGCAACCUUAGUGGUUAUACGAAGCGAGUCACCGGAACAGCCUUCGUCUUUCUGGGGUACUGCAUCGGGAAUAUCAUUGGACCUCAUGCAUUUCUUGCAGAUGAGGCCCCAGUCUAUAAGACCGGGUGUAAAAUGAUAUUAUCAUGUGCAAUCUGCCAAUUUGCUCUUGCGCUUUUCCUGAGAAUUCUCUUGAUGAGACGGAAUCAGAAACGUGAUAAACAAGCUUCUGAGGGUGGGGUGGAUCUGGAGGUAGAGAAUGAGACUAUGUUGGACAUGACUGACUUUGAAGAUAUGAGGUUUGGAUAUCAGCUUUGAGUAAAAGUCAAUGGAAAACUGCGAGCUCCAGUAAUUUCUUAGAAUACCUCAAAAUCUAACAAAAC